UUCUUUCCCUUUCUCGUUUUUUUGCAGGGCAUGUUUUCGAGCCAUUUUUGAGGAGAUGUGGUGAAUGUAAACUUGCUCUCUUGGGGGCGAAAUUCUGCUGAGGCUUGCAUUAGCCCUUUUGGCCACAGCGUUUCAUUGGGAAUCCAUGUUCAGCUGAUCACCCACCAGGACGCCUGGUCUCAUAUUUAGUCUCUGCUUCAGAGGAUAGAGUCCUCUCUCUCCCUCUCAUCCUGAUUUUAGAUAAUGGGCUGUGUGCAAUGUAAGGACAAAGAGGCAACAAAACUGACUGACGAGAGGGAUGGGAGUUUAACACAAAGCUCAGGCUACCGCUAUGGCACAGAUCCCACGCCACAGCACUAUCCAAGCUUUGGUGUGACUUCAAUUCCAAACUACAACAACUUCCAUGCCACGGGAGGCCAAGGACUGACAGUGUUUGGUGGAGUCAAUUCCUCCUCUCAUACAGGGACACUACGUACAAGAGGAGGAACGGGUGUAACUCUUUUUGUGGCGCUUUAUGACUAUGAAGCAAGAACAGAAGAUGACUUAAGUUUUCACAAAGGAGAAAAAUUUCAAAUUCUUAACAGCUCGGAAGGAGACUGGUGGGAGGCUCGGUCCCUGACAACAGGCGAAACUGGUUACAUUCCCAGUAAUUAUGUGGCUCCGGUCGAUUCCAUCCAAGCAGAGGAGUAUGUUUUCUUUUUACCAUAAAGACCCAUUAGUGCUGUUUUAGAGGGGAUUUGAGCUUGUUUUGAUGGAUUACAGUGAUUUUUCAAAUGCCUUACAUUAUUUUUAUUUCAGUUCUUGACUGCACUGAUAAAUAAUUAGGUAAUUAGUAACAAAAGAAGCACAAGCUCAGUGUUUUUUCAAUGUCAAAACAGAGGAAGAAAACCUUAAGGAAUGCUGGUCUGUUUCCUUUAUUCAAGUAUCGACUAAUUUCAAGAGAAAUAUGCCCUCACUUUUCCUGAAAGAAUUUGCAAAAAUGUUUGGAGUCAAUUAGUGUGCAGACUGUCUCUUAAACAUUUUAUCAACAAAUACCUUCCAAGAGGUUGAAAGCCUACUAAGCAUACAGUAGGCAGCAUAAUGAGACAUUUCUAUGCAAAAAAAUAGAGUGAUGUGUGUAUCCAUAUUAUUUCCAGUGUCAAAGUUACGUUGGAGUAUCUCACGUGUCUGCAUAUGGCAGUGGCUUGUGGGCAUCUAUAUGUCAUCUGAAUCAGUUCCGCAGAAGGCCAUGGGCUCUACUAUUGUGCUACUGCAUUCUGUACCCUUGGUUACUUUGUCUGUAGCUCACUGACAUUUUUCUGAUAACUUAGUUGUAAGGAUACCAAGUAUCAUCAUCUGGAAUAGCUUUGUCUUACUUGUUUGUGAAACUCCAACCAACCAACCAACCAA